UAAAAAAGAAAGCAGAGAGCAAGACGUUUCUGGCUGCCCCUCAUUGCUCCAUUUUCUCUCUCUCUAAAUGGCUUUGUGGGUUAGUAGCAGUUUUGAAAAACUAGUGAUUGUGAUGAUCGUUCUUGUUCUUGUUCAUCAUCACCAUCUAGCAAAUGGAAAUGCAAAUGAAAAUAUAGAAAACAGGGUAAGUGGGUGUGACUUGUUCCAGGGGAGUUGGGUGGAAGACAUAUCAAACCCUCCACAAUACAACGCAACCACAUGUCCUUUCAUCGAGAAAGAGUUCAACUGCCAGAACAAUGGCCGCCCUGAUCACAACUACCUCUAUUAUAGUUGGCACCCCACUUCCUGCGAUUUACCAAGAUUUGAUGGGCUAGGAUUCUUGAGAAGAUUUAAAGGACAGAGCAUCAUGUUUGUAGGGGACUCCUUGAGUCGAGAUCAAUGGCAGUCAUUGACAUGCUUGCUCUAUACCUCUGCACCCAACUUAAGUUACAACCUAACUAGAGUUGGUAUGAUCUCCACAUUCAUCAUCACGGAUUAUGAUGUUAAAGUGUUGCUUGAUCGCAAUAUGUUUUUGGUGGACAUAGUGAAUGAGACAGAAGGCCGAAUUUUAAAACUUGACUCAAUUGAGGAUGGCAAGAAUUGGUUAGGGAUGGACAUGUUAAUCUUCAAUACAUGGCAUUGGUGGAAUUAUAGAAAUGCUCACCAACCAUGGGAUUUUAUUCAAGUAGGAAGUAAAGUGAUGAAGGACAUGGAUAGGAUGGUUGCAUUCGAGAUGGCGCUUGGUACAUGGGGUGCUUGGGUCGACACCAACAUUGAUCCAACCAAAACUAUGGUUUUCUUUCAAGGCAUUUCUCCAAAUCAUUACAAUGGCUCGGAUUGGAAUGAACCGAAUGCAAAACAAUGUCAAGGGCAGAUGACACCGGUGUUGGGCUCAAUAUAUCCAGGACAAUACCCUCCUGCUGUAGCCGUGGUUAAGAGGGCAUUGAGUAAGAUUAAAAAGCCUGUUACUUUACUUGACAUUACGACCUUAUCGUUAUUGCGAAAAGAUGGGCAUCCCUCUAUUUAUGGAAUAGGUGGUGCAAGUGGAAUGGACUGCACUCAUUGGUGUAUUGCUGGUGUCCCUGAUACGUGGAACCAAAUCCUUUACAAUCUUAUCAUAUGGCACAAAUUAUGAACAUUAUUUGGUGGUCUCAAACCAUCAUGUAAGAUUUGGUCCUAAUCGACAAGGGAUGGCUACCUGAGCAAAUAUGAAUUCGAGAUCCCAUAUUUAUUGGAUUAAUGAUCUUAGUAAAUGUGAGACCUUAAUCGCUAAGGUGGUCAUUGGUGGUUGGUCAGGACCAAAAUCCUAUAUGAUUGUCUAGGGCUACUCUAUAAUCAGGCCCGGUCCUGAGAUUUUCGAGAUUCAAAACCGAUAGUCAACCAAUAAAUAUCACUAGAUCAUUUGUACCUCUUUACAUUUUUUUUUUUCAUUCAAUGAAAAGAAAAAUUUGAAGGUAAAUGACAAAAGAUUUGUAUCAAAAUUACAAAAGAUAUUUAGCAUUAUGUUACAACAA